AUGGACCCGCGACACUACCUUCAGCGCCAUGACGCCCACAUGGACGUUGACGAAACCGGGAACUUCGCAGAGCAUAGACAGAUACGCAAUAAUAUGCUAUUGCGCAGGGAUAACAGUCUCUCGUCAAUUUCUAGUACUCCCAAGCCCAUUUCACGUCAAUCCUCUUUUGUGCAGGGAUAUACAAGACCUGGCGGAAAUCCAUUGGUGCGCAGAAAAAGCAGCCUUUCCUCGGUCACCACUAUAUCUAGACCAUUGUCUCCUCCGUUGACUGUAGAAACUGAGUUUGGUGACGAUUCAGAGUCAGCGUUGGAGGAUCCACAACUUCUUGCCAAUCGAGAUGCAAACGUUCAGGCUUGGUUGAGCCAGAACAGUAGUUUCUCCCCAAUCAACACUGACUCUACACCUGUUUCUCGACAGCCGUCGUUUACCUCUGAUCGGAACAGAAAACAAAGGAAUGGGGCAGAACAAGGACGUUUAAGAAACCUCAGGGGCAACGCUGGGUUACAAAGGGAUAGUAGUUUCUCUACAGUUACCACUGCUUCGAGACCCCCUUCUCGACUGUCCACUAUAUGCUCUGAUGUGGACACAUAUCCACCCUCCCCCACACUUACCAUGACCAGCAGACAGUCCACUCCCUCCACUCCCGUGUUUCCAAGCUUUUCGGAUACUCUGACCGGACAUUCUCAGUAUCUACAACAAGGAAAGCCACAAGAGGCACCCACCGCCGACCCUUCACUCCAGAGGCACCCAUACCAAGUAUAUCCUGGGGGAUACCGGACUUCGAUUCUGGAAGAACGUGAAGUAAAGACGCCUGAUGAAACCACGAAAAUGCAACUUGCGGCUCCAUUUCCGCUCUCUUCUGAUGGUCCAUCCAGUUUCUUAGAGCAAAAUGAUGCUGAUAUCACGGUGUUAGACCUUUUACUGGGUCUUUUCUUCACAGACAAGAAUGGCCGAAAUGGAAUCCGGAUGUGGGAAUGGCUUGACACUAUGCAUUCAGCUCAGGAGCUCUUUCCUGAUGCACAUGACCCUAUUGCGUUAGAGUGGUUGGAAGUAUCUUUUCUUGGUGAGAUAGUGAUACAGUUUCGGUGGCUUGGCUAUUCUGCAUGCCCCGAAGACUGGGCGCUUCGCAUUAACGUUAUCAAAGAAUUUGGUCCAUAUGGGCCCGUUAUGAUGACGCAGGGAGAAGUAAUUACCCAGGUCAUUAGGCGAUUCCAUUUUUUAUGCACGUCCGGCCAAACAAAGUCUGAUGUCACCCGGAGGAACGUUCUCGCCUUCGAGCCUUGUAAUACAGCGUUCCUUUCUACCAAACCUAAAGGCAGUCAGGAUGGAUAUAAAUGCCGAAAUUUCAAGAACGUAGUGUUGAAAUCUAUCAGAUAUUGUGAAGGAACCACUUUCGAAGCAUGUAUUUUUGCCUCUGUCUAA